AUGAAGAAGGCUGAAGCCCUUGCUGUCGAGGAAAGAUGGAAAGAAUUCAAUGCUCUCCUGGCCGUCAUGAUCUAUGGAUUGGUGUUGUUCUCGAAUAUUCCGAACUUUGUUGAUCUUACCGCUAUCUGUCUCUUUAUGGAUCAAAAUCCUGUGCCCACUCUGUUGGCCGACACUUAUUAUGCCGUCCAUUCUAGGUAUGGGAAGAAAGGAUCAGUUGGGGGUUGUUUACCACUACUAUACGAAUGGUUUUCUUCAUAUUUGCCUAAGAGCGGAGCGUUUGUCACCACAAGAGACUCACAUAAAUGGCCUCAAAGGAUCAUGGGGCUUACUGCAAACGACAUCGUCUGGUGUCACAUCGGAAUGGACAUAGAGGAAGUUAUAACCAGUUGUGGCAGUUUUGACAAUGUUCCCCUCAUAGGAACGAAAGGUGUUAUCAAUUAUAACCCGAGGCUCGUGUUACGCCAGUUGGGAUUUGUGCUUAAAGACAAGCCUUUGGACAAAGAGAUAUUCGAAUCCGUUUGCUUUGAGAAGGGAACUGAUCCAGAGGGUUUGGAAAAAGUAAGAAGUGCCUGGAAUAGCAUCCAUAUAGAUGAUCAGACUUCUCUAGAUGAGAAGAAUGCCGUUGCCAAACAAGCCUAUACAGAUUGGGUCAAAGAUAGAGUUAAGGACCGCUUGUUGCCCUUCCCGAAGGUUAACCUAUUGUACGAGCAACCACCUGAGGUUCUAACCGCCACUGUGCCUGUUGAGAAUUACCCCCAAGUGGAUAUGGAAAACACCCAGUUGUGUGAAAAGAGGCCAGACACAUAA